CCUCAGCGAACCAUGAAGAGAAGAAAGGUGGAUCCUCUGGUGUAGGAGUUCCUGCCGUAAGGGAGCCUCCGUCCCUCCUGGUUCCUUCCAUUCCCAGUGCUGUUGCCGUGAGGGUCGAUCGAAAUCCCAAGAGGACGAGACACAGCCGUGAGAGCCUCAGGUACAAGGGAGAAGGAUCCAGGCACGAGAAAACAGCGGUUUGGGUUCUAGACUGUUAGUCCCGAAUUUGCACGUGUCUUGGUUUUUGAAGACGAGACGACAGACGGUUGAAAGCGUUCCCCAUAGGCCCUCUUCCUCGCUCUCUCUCUCUCUCUCCUCCCCGUCCACUCUUUUCCUUCCGUUGAGGUGUAACCAUGCCACAUGUCUUGGCCCCUGGCUGCAUUCUUGGCCAUGCUCCCCGAGCAAUGCUGCUGCGCGUCAACGCCCCGGCACCCGUCUGAGUCUCUGAUCCCGGCAAACACAAUAUGUGCCCUUGCCUCUUUUCGUCUGUCGUCGUUGCCAAGCGGGUGAUAGUAUCCCCACCUCUAGCAAUCAAGCAACACCAAGGAAUUGGAAGAUGGUUAUCCUCAAUCCGACUUCUCGGAUCAGCCGCACCACCUCUAGCAUCCACUCCGGCCCUCAAAGGUGGAUAUUACCGCAUGCUUUGCCUCUCGCGCAGGAUGGAAAGGACAUGUCUGAUGUCAACGGCUCCUACCAAGGGGACCAUCGUCGUCCGGACCCGGGCACUGAGGAAUGUGCCGCAAUGUCCCGGCAUUCCCACCAAGAUGCUUGCUUUCAUACUCCGUACAGCCAGUCGAGGAGGGACAACGUACCCAGGGGCCCGCCAGGCCAGUGAGUGUUCCAGCUAACCCCCUUCUUGGUUCUUGGCUCGUUCUUUUGCCGUGCUCCUGACUGUUGCUGGUCUCUCCCUAUAAGACGAAGAGGCCGGCCGUGAUGAAGGAAACUCUUGGAUUAGCCCUUUCGUUCCCCAGUUCUCUCUCUCCUCCCCCCCGUCCCCCGGUCUUCCCCCCCAGAAGAACUCCCGCUUCACCCAGUCAUUCGUUGGACUCUGUCCCCUCACAUUCGUUCCGUAAUUCCAGGAUAACCUGUCUGUCGCUCGUUCCGUACAGCUCAAUCUAAUCCCUCACUCGCCCAUACAACUAAUAUCAAACCCUCAAACCAUAUACGCUUAAUCAACUCUUCACCCCCAAGCUAGUACUAAACAACAGUCAAGAUGAGUUCCGGAGCCCUCACCACCUCGGCCUUCUUCACCUGCGACCCGGCAGUCACGGUCACCGCCACCGCAACCACCAAUGUCUACACCACCGUGUACACGACAACGGCUCUCGCCGCCAACCCCUCCACGUCGUGGAUGGCCACUUACACAGUGACCGAAGUCUGCACCGGCCAGCCGUGGGAGUACGUGACCAAGGACAUCCCCCCUUGCUUCGCCCCCACCACCGUCUACUGCGAGCCCUGCGCCCAAAAGACCAUCCCCAUCAUCUGCCCCAUCCCGACGCCCACCGCCAACGUCGUCAUCAACGGCAACGGUGUCACCAUGAACGCCAACCCCGUCAUCACCGCCGCCCCCUACGGCGUCUACGGCUCCUACGGCUCCUACAGCAACGGCAACGGCCAGGGUACCGGCAACGGAGGCGGAGCCAACAACAACAACAACGGAGGCGGCCAGAACGGCGGUGGCUCCAACAACGGUGGCUCCACCCCUGGCGGCGGUGCUGGAGGUAACGGCGGUGGCGCCAACGGCGCUGCUCCCUCUGGCAGCCAGGGCGCCGGAAGCUACGGUGUCUACGGCAGCUACGGCUCUUACAACAACGCUGCCCCCGGUGGCGGCUCCCCUGCCCAGCCCGGUCAGUCCGGUGCCCCUGGCGCUGGUGGUGCCCCUGGCGCUUCCGGAGCUCCUGGUGCCGGCGGUGCCCCCGGUGCGUCUGGCGCUCCCGGUGCCGGUGGUGCACCCGGUGGAACCCCCGCUCAGUCUGGCGCUCCUGGUGCCCCUGGCGCAUCUGGUGCUCCCGGCACCGGCGGCUCUUCCGGUGGUGCUGGCGGUGCUGGCGGCGCUCCCGGUGCGUCUGGCGCUGGCGGCUCUGGUGGCGGUGCCUCUGGCUCAACCGCUACGGGUGGUGCUUCCGGCUCCAAGCCGUCCACAGUCCAGGUCGCCUCGGCACCGUCUCUCAAGAAGAGCCUCGGCCUCCUUUGCGGUAUCGCAAUGGCUGCCGGCCUUACCAUCUUUGCUUAAGACGACUACUACUCUCUAGUCUUCUUUCCAAUCAUGGCAUCUCCCCAUUCACAAACGCCGUGUGCUCGCGUCCCCAAAGAUCAAAAGAGGAGGGAAAAAGGAAAUAAGAAGGGGGUUUCACGGAGAAAGGGGUUCAAAUUGGAAAUACGGGU